AAUUUGGUAGUUUUCCAUUUCAAUAUUUUUAGAAAUUCAAUUGAAACGACAUCGUUUCGUCAGAUAAAAAAAGUAUUUAUAGUUAGAACGCCGUCGUUUUUCGCUAAAAAGUUCGAUGGCUUCCCUCUCCGAAGUCUUUUCUCGUCUCCUCACGCCGUCUCUCUCGCGGUCCCCACCGAGCCCGAAACCUCCUACAGUGACUAGACCAUCUCACCAGCUCUCCUUCAACAACAACAACCGCGUGGCGUACCCUUCGCUGGCGAACGCGAAUCUCGUCUUCUUCAAGUCGGGGAACUACAACGUGGAGGUGGUGCCCAAAGACGGAGAGUCCGAGGAGCAGCUGGUGAACGACUUCAAGAGAUCGGUGUUCAGGGCGGGCGUGCUGCAGGAGACGAGGAGGCGAAGGUUCUUCGAGAGCUCUCAGGAGAAGAGGAAGCGUAAGACCAAAGAAGCUGCCAAGAAGUAUCGUAAACGGAGGCCGAACCCUAAACCGAAAUCGUAUUCAGCUCCGGAAACCCCUAAGAGCAGAAGAGAAGUUGACGAGGAUGAUGAUAACUGGGAGCUUCCUCCUGAGGAAAUUGAGAUUCCGUAUACCAACGGUUUUUCUAGAGAUUAAACCAGAAAUUAAAAUUGAGAUUCCGGUUUAAUGAAACGAAUAUAGUCCCCACUAGUUUGUAGAAUUGUAGGUAUGCUGCACUCUCUCUUGAGAUGUUUUGUAGCUUAACUCGCCUAACCCCCAAGCUAGUUAGAGUUUUUCCGAGGAGUCUUUAUGUUUCCAAGUUAGAUGUCUGGUGUAGUUUCCCGCCCCCCCACUUGUUUUCAGGAUCUUUCUACUGCAGAUUCUUCAGGUCUCAGCAUAUCUUAUUAUUUAAAGCUGGCGACGACAUAGAGGUGAAUUUGAAUGUUAAUUUUGUUAUGGGGUAGAAGAGUUCAAAGCUGUUGGAAAGCCGUUCUGGAGACAUUAUAUGGUACACUAGACACUAUAAUCUUCUGAAUAUGGUAUGCUACUCUGUGUUUUUAUGUUUCUCUGUCUUUGGGAUGGUAGUUGAGAGCUGAUACUAGAAAACUUACUUGAAUGCUUCGGACUGAUACAAAGUGUUUAACAGAUCUUUAUUUUGGGGUCUUCACUAAAACACAAGGCCGGUCAUGAAUAUCAUAUGAUGUAGCCCAUUAGUUACUCUGUCAUAACUAAUAUGUGUAUUCAACGUUAUUUUUGGUGGCU